AAGUCUUUGUUAGUCCAUAACAUCUUAAAAAGUGCAGCAAACUCAGGAAUGUCCCUUUAACCAUUUGACGCCCUUAACGAUAGCUAUCAAACCCCCACACCCUCCACCCAAUACGCCACUGUGUAGUAUGUCACAGCGUUCUGUCAAUGAAUACAUUUAACACCACGAUAACAACAAUAACUGCGACUUCCAUUGGCUGUUAUGAAGUCAGGUAAUUGUUAGCGUAUCACGAAAUACUUCCCUGUUGGACGUAGUUUUAUUUGAGCAGGUGUUCUAUGCCAGCACACGGGAUGACCUACUCGCGGAGACUAAACUGAAAUUGGCGAUCUCUUAAAGGAACACGUAUAAAUUUGUUUUAUCGUUAUGGGAUUCGUAACAAAAGCAGUAUUGUUCCUGGUUGCUUCUACGCAUAUCCUGACGUCUUCAGUGAUUCCUACACCAUGGCCAAUGCCACCAAACCGGGACUUCUGUGGGGAUACAGAGACAUUUACAGCGACCACCAGAAAGCAGACAAUGAAGUCAUCGUACAGCUUAGUACUCCCUUCAGAACAAUUUUCUUGUCGAUGGGUCUUCAGAGCCUUCAACCCUCGACUCCCGAUUCACCUGGAAAUUCGUCCAGCCUUCAUAUACAGAUCGUAUAACUGUAGUUUGAUGACAACUGUUAAAGACGGAAACGCCGAGUUGAGAUCGUUCUGUGAAGGUCAGCCAGGAUGGAUGGGGUGGCGGCGCCGCAUCUCGUUUACAGGAUACAGUGGUUCCAUGACUGUCCUUUUGAAGUCCAAGGUCCAGAGAAAAGGGUUCAUGAUGCCAAUCAAGAUCAAAUAUUACCAAGACAAAAACGAUCCGCUAUUGACUACAACAACAGCUAGACCUACAACUACAACAACGGCCUGGCCUAAAUGGAUUACCACAACAUGGCCUGAAUUCAUUACCACAACAUGGCCUGAAUUCACUAUGCCGCCAGCAGAUCAUUUCGCUCUAUGCGGAAAUACUUCCUUGAUCGCAUUCGAAGUACCGGGCUACAUCUACACACCGGGUGUUCAAGAUUCCUUCAAAUCGCAUUGUCUCUGGGUCAUCAGACCAUUCUGGUUCGGCCCCAUUCACCUGGAAAUCAGAUCCGUUUCCGGUUACGACCUGGACUGUAACGACCAACAACUACUUAUUACAGACGGUACAAAAACAAUCAAGCGACACUGUGAUGGAAACCCUGAGCGUUACACCGGUACGGAGGGUACCAUGAGAAUAAUGUACAGGAAAGAUGGCUUUUACCCCUUCACUUCACAAAUCAGCAUCAAGUAUUACCAAGACAAAUAUUACGAUAGACCCGAUAGUGACAGUCGAACUAAAGAUGACCUGCUGGUCAGACACGUUGCGACAAUCAGUUCAGUUACUGGUGCUAUCGUCCUGGUUCUCUUCGUCGUCAUACUGAUAACUGCAUUGUUUUGCCGAUAUCGCCGGAACCGUUCGCGUCGCAGCGCCAACCGUACACUCACACUGGCAGUGAUCUCAGAUGGAAGGACGGACAAGGCUCCUCCAGCGUACAUUGACCUCUUUCCAACCAAGAAGGUGCUGACACAGAGCAAGGACGAAAUUACCAACGAUCCAUCACUUCCGGAACCGACCACGAGUGCUCUCCCUUACAGUUCUGCUCAAACUGAGCCAGCGCUUGUGAAUUCGGCUAAACCAGAAUCAAAUAUCUGAAGAGCUGUCACAUUAUGAUGAGAUGAACUUUGAUACUUUUGUAAUGUUUUGCAUAUAUACAUUUACUUCUUUUUUUAAAUCUUGUUUUAUGAGAUAUUAUAAUCUACCCAUUCAGAGCUCACUGUAGCUAUAACGUAUAAAGAUACACGUAUAGACCUCCAGAAUACAUGUAGUUUUAUUGCACGGGGCACGUUAAGUCAAUACUUUUCUUAACGUGCACGCCAAGUUGCUUGGCGGGGAUAUUUUGUAAGGUUGUCGUUGAAGAUUUAUUUUGUGAAUAAUGAUGCGAGUCAUUCAAUCAGGAUUUUGUGAGUACAGUAGGUUAUACAUUUUUGGUUUGUGUGUCCAUUUGUUGCACUAUUUCGGUUGAGAAACGGUUCAAACAUGGUGCCACAAGUGUUUAAUACAGGCUAUAUAUAGGGUAUGUAACAAGACCCGGACGUAAUAAGAACCACACUUGCUGCGUCCCUCCGGACUAAUGCAGUUUGUAAUGAGCAUAGACCACAAUAGUGUAAAGGCAGAAUAUAGUACUUUUGGUGGACUCAUUUUCUUUUCCCAUUCCAGCCUGUGCUCUACAUCUGGCAUAUCACAGGUCCCUUUACAUUAUGACAUCUGUCCUCGGGUCCGAUCAAAUCUGUUGAUGGCAGUACUUUGAUACUUUGAUAGUCGUUUGCAUAUCCACAUAUGGUUUUGUUUUCUUACGGUUUUUUGUUGUUGGAUUUUUGCUUUGUUUGUAUUAAAUUAAUUUGUUUACUACUUUUGUCGCUUGUUACAAUGAUAGCUGAAUGUUCCUGUAAUGUAGACUUUCUAGUAAUUACUAUUAAUUACUUAUAUUUACCAUCCUAUGCUUUUUUUAAAUAAAUCUAUAGAAAUACUUUGUUAUUUGGGUUUAUUUCAGUUUAAAAUGGAUUACAAAACUACGUUGACUGUUUAUGUAACAAACUACACUCCAUUGUUAUUAAAUAUACCGUUUGAUUGUCUUUUUUACAAUUAUGCAUAUACUAGUAUUUUCUUAUUUACCAUCCUAUGUUUUUUUUAAAAUAAAUCUAUAGACAUAUUUUUUUUGGAUUCAUUUCAGUUUAAAAUGGAUUUCAAUAAAAGUUGGCUAUUUUAGUGGCAAAUAACCUCCCAGAGCUAUUAAAUGUAACAUUAGAUGUAUUUGCUUUAAAACUAUGGACACAAUUGGUUAUUUGGUUCAUGUGAGUUUAUUAUGUUAUUAUGUUUUGUUUUCUCUAUGAGUAACAGCUUUAUGUCGGUAUAUAAAUGUUGUGUACCUUUUACAACUUUCAAUGCCCUUCAGAAUUAAUACUCUAACAGACUCAGAUUUUGUUAUUUUUUAUUAUUUGGUUCAUAUUAAUUUAUUACAUUAUUAUGUUUUGUUUUCUCUAUUAGUAACAGAUGUGUGUCUGUAUACACCUUUUACAACUUUCAGUGUCUUUCAAAAUUAAUACUCUAAUAAAUUCAGUUUUCGUUAUUCUUGAUUAUAACUAAAAUGAACUGUCUGCACAUGCAUUUAAAAUAUAAGUAAACAACCAAAAGGAUAUGAAUAUUUUAAAAUGUUCCGUUAUUUUAGUUUUCCAUUAUUUUUCCACUCCAUUUUUUUAUCUUACUUUUUAUCUCGUCUUGGCCUGUAAUGGCUUACUGCGGAGUUGUCUCUCUUAAACUGAUUGUUUCGUUUUUCCCUCGUUCAAGUCAGUGCACCACAACCGGUCAAAGACCGUGGUAUGUGCUUCUCUGUCUGUUGGAAAGUGCGUAUAAAAGAUCUUUUUCUGCAAAUAGAAAAAUUUAUCAGGUUUCCUCUGAUGACUAUAUGACAGAAUUACCAAAUGUUUGACAUCCAAUAGCCGAUGAUCAAUUAAUCAAUGUGCUCUAGUGGUGUCGUUAAACAAAACAAACAUUAAACUGUUUAUCUUACUUUUUAUCUCUACUUGGACUGUAAUGUGUUACUGCAGAGUUGUCUUUCUUGAACUUGUUUAUAGUCUGUUUUACACCAUAACACAUUACUUUUAUAUUAGUUUUAUUAUUCCGGAAGAUGCUUAUAUGUAUUAUUGUGCCGAACGUUGAAUUUUGUUUUUAACUUUGUAUUAUUUUAAGUUGGGUAGAUUUUAUCAACACUAUUUUGUUGUUUAAUACAUACAUAAUUAACAUAUAUCUUUGCGAUGUGAAGAUUAUAAUCUACUCAGAAAAUUGUAGCGUACUAACGUAUUUUUUUGUAAAUAAAAACUAAAAUGAUC